GCUGCGAACAACUGGUCUGUGGAGAGCGGAGAAAAGUGUUAUUGGAUUUUGUUUUCSUUUGUGCUGCGCAUUGAAAUAAGGGUUAUAUUCACGUCUUUAGUUGGCUCAGGGUAUAGACUUUGAGUUUUAGUUUUUCUGAAAAACAGCUACGACUAAUGAAGUUAUAUUUAUAUUCAGACGCUGGCUGACUGAAUGUAGCUCAGUCAGACUGACAGAAGUUGGCUAGUCCCGAGCUAGCUCCUACGUAGUUAGCAAACGGGUUGUUCAAGUAGGGAUAGGCUGCUAUUUAYUGUGACCCUGCGGAGGAUUGUGGGCAAGAACCAAAAACAUCACGUCUGCUGAASGUCCUUGAACGUUCAGAGRCUUCCUCAUCUUUUUUGGACGCGAAGGAGUCUUUAAGGUUCAUUAAAUAUGGAUCUGUUCGAUAAUAACAGCACAGAGCGCGCCAACCUGCCGAGGAACAUGAUUGAGAACAGCAUGUUCGAAGAAGAGCCCGAAGUUGUUGAUUUAGCCAAAGACUCCUCGUUUCCAACAUUUCCUCCUCUUGACCCUGAUGAGGUGGGCUUUGAGCCUCGWAGCUCACGAUUACUGGUGCGUGGCCUGGGAGAACAUGACAUGGAUGAUGAAGAAGAGGACUGUGAGUCUUCAGCUCGUCUCCUGGGCAUGUCUUUUAUGAAUCGCAGCACCGCCCACAGAUCCAGCUCCUCCCCUUACACCAGACAGUCUCCACCGAGGUCAUGUUUUCGACCCUCAGCUCAGACCAUGGUUGUAUGUAUUUUAAUCCUGGUGAUAGUUGUCUCAAUGACCAUGGUUAUGUGCUUCUUACCUGGUUGCACUUUUACCAAGGAAGGCUGUCCUAAGCCCAGUCAGACAGAUGAUGAUGACGUGUUUCCGUGGGCACAGUUCAGACUGCCUCGCAGCAUACAUCCCCUCAGCUACGAGCUCACCUUGACCCCUGACCUCGACAACAUGACCUUCACUGGCAAAACCGUCAUCCACAUGAUUGUACUCCAUAACACAAAGCGAAUCGUCCUGCAUGGUGCUAAUCUCAGCAUUUCCAAAGCUACAUUCAAGCUGGGUGAUACGCAGGCCCGUGACGUGACGGUGCUGGAGCACAGCAGCAGACAACAAAUAGCUUUUAAAUUUGAAGAGGAGCUGAAAGCAAACCAGCGCUGUGUGUUGACUCUGGAAUACUCUGCUAACCUUUCAAACAGCUACGAUGGUUUCUACAACAGCUCAUACACCGGUACAGAUGGAAUGAAAAGAGUUCUUGCAGCAACGCAGUUUGAGCCGCUGUCAGCCAGAAAGGCCUUCCCUUGUUUUGAYGAGCCAAAUUUCAAAUCUACUUUCCUGAUAAAAAUUGCCAGAAAAGCAAACUACACGACGCUUUCCAACAUGCCAAAGGUCAGAACUACAAAUCUAUCCAAUGGACUUGUGCUGGACGAGUUUGAAAAGACCAAUGUCAACAUGAGCACGUAUCUGGUGGCCUUCAUUGUUGCWGAUUUCACUUCUGUCAGCAAAAAUGAUUCGGGAAUCAAUGUGUCUGUCUAUUCUGUGCCGGAGAAAAAGGAGCACACCGAGUACGCUUUGGAGGCUGCUUCCAAACUGCUGAAGUUUUACAACACUUUCUUUGAAAUUGAGUACCCCUUAAAAAAACUGGGGUGCUUCUAUUCUCCUGAUGCUCAAUGCUUUCUUGCCAGGAAAUCAGCAGUUCCGAAAGGGYAUCAUUCAAUACCUAAAGCAGUUUAGUGGAUCAAAUACAGAAACUGCUGACCUCUGGAACAGCCUCGCGCAGGUGUCCACGCAGCACCAGAAUAUAUCAAAGAUGAUGACCUCAUGGACGUCACAGAAAGGCUUCCCACUGGUCACUGUAAGCCGUAAGGGGGAUCAGGUGAUCCUCACACAGGAGCCCUUCAUGCUCACCUCUGACAACACGGUGCACAGUUCCAGCUUGUGGAACAUACCGGUCACGUAUGUAAACGACAGCUGUAGUUUGGCCUCUGACUGCAGGCAGGUGUUCACGCUGGAGUCCAAGACGGGAACUCUGAACGUGUUAAAAAGUGUGAAGUGGCUGAAGUUAAACUACAAGAACACAGGUUUCUACAUUGUCGACUAUGAUGAAGAAGGCUGGAAUGCUCUUAUUGAUGCUUUGCUCACAGAUUUCAAUGUUCUGACACCUGAAGAUCGAGCCUCACUCAUACACAACAUCUUUGCCCUCUCCAGACUGGGACGUGUUUCUUUCAGUAAAGUCAUCAGCCUGUUGAGCUACAUAUCUAAAGAAACGGAGACUUCUCCUGUGGUAGAAGCUCUGCUGCAGCUCAACAACAUCUACAGGCUGCUUGAUAAAAGACAAGAGUUUGAACUCGUAGCUCGUAUGAAGGCUUUCAUUAAGAGCCAUUUCGGCCCUCUGAUGAGCUCACAAACGUGGGAGGAGAAGCAGAGUGUGUCCGAACAGGAGCUACGUGCAGCACUUCUCAUGACAGCCUGUAAUCUGAAGCAUGAUAAUUGUACUCAACAAGCCAAAGACAUAUUCACACAAUAUAUCAACUCCAACGGCACGUACAGGAUUCCAGGCGAUCUGCAGAAAGUCGUCUUCACAGUGGCUGCUCAGUCAGAGGAAGGCUGGUCGACUUUGUUCGGCUUGUACUCACAUGCCAUCUACGAUGCAGAAAAGCGAAAGAUGCUUCAAGGCCUCGCAUCUACUCKGGACGCACACAGUAUUGCGUGGAUUCUCAAGGAAAGUCUUAAAGGGGAACAAAUUCAGACCCAAGAGAUGCAUCUGAUCAUCAGAACGAUGUGUCAGAACUUUGCUGGCUAUUUGAUUGUCUGGGAUUUUAUYCAAGUGAACUGGGACCGCCUCAUAGAGAAGUUUCCUCUCGGCUCUUACGCCAUCCAGACCAUCGUCAAAUCUGCUACCUCGCAGUUCUCCACUCAGGCACACCUUGAUCAGGUCCAGACCUUCUUCUCUAGUCUGAAGGAGCGCGGCUCUCAGAUGAGGAGCGUUCAAGAAGCUCUGGAAACCAUCAGGCUGAACCAGCGCUGGAUGGAUGAGAACUUGUCUACACUGAAAACCAUUCUCUAGUUAAGGCWCCUCCAGCCGUCUCCACCCCAAUAACAAUCAAACUGGGUGUGUUUUCAGGACAGGAGCAGUGUUUGCACUAUUGUUGGACUCGAUCCCUGAACUCCCCACAUCCAGACUGGAGCAGUAAUCGUCAGUGACGGUUGUGCUCUAGCUGGGCAUGAAGGAGUGUUGGGAGUUUUUGAGUCCUAUGAGUUGUACUUGAUAGCUCAGGGUGGCUCUGAUUGUGUGUCUGACGUGGUACUGUCAGACCCAACACACACACACACACACACACACACACACACACUCCUCAUGUAUUUUAUGCUGUCGACCAAACCUCCUCUGCAGUUUUCAUUUAAGCCUCAC